AUGCAAGGUAGUAAAUGGGUGCAUCACGUGCAUGCCUCCCAGCUCCUACAACGACGUGAGAGCAGCAACUCCAGCACCUUUUCUCAAGUAGACCUUGACCGCUGCUAUUUGCGCAUACCUUUGAGGUGGUGGGUCGCAGGGAUUAUCGAACUUAUGGCAUUCAUUACUCUUUUUGGUGCUGGAAUGACGGUGAAGUUCUUUCCGUUGUUCUUCCGCAUAGACUACAAGUUCACACCGCUUGAGGUGUGUGUGCUUGGAUUUGCCUAUCCUUUUUGUAUUUCUGUAAUGGUGGAGCUGUGUCGGAGACUUUCCAAGCAUUUAGGUCGGCUUUUUGCUGUCUCGCUCUUUCAUUUUCUUGGGACCGUGUGCCUCUGGGUACUAUGCUACAUUCGACCACUGGUCCUAGUCUUGCCCCUCUACCUGCUGCGAGGAGCACUGAUGAAUGCUCGAGGCCCUAUCAUCAGGGCAAUCAUCAUGGAUUUGGUUCCAUCGGACUUACGGGGCAGAUGGAACUCAAUCCAAUCGAUGUCUGGUUUCGCAUGGUCUGGAAGUGCUGCACUAGGAGGAUACUUGGCCGACUACGCUGGUGACUACCGGUUCACCUUUGUGGUAACAGCCUCAAUAUAUAGUGCGGCCUUCGUAGUUUCCUUGCCUCUUUUCUUCAUCUACCCGGCGGAGCACAAGGCACCCGCAGCAGCGAGAGAGACAUCGCUGCAAUCUGUGGCGCCUGUGACUGAUUCGCCAGCGAUAGCCAGAAGGGAGGAGUCUGCAGGUGGCACAGAUCUACCAAGAGUAGCGCAGAGCUGA